CGACAGUCUGAAUCAGAUUUAAGCUUGAUGCGUGUUAGUACACGAAUGGAAAAGGUUAACUCGGCUUUCUCAACUUUGGAUUCCCACCAAAUUGCAACAAACAUUUCAGAUACACUUGUCAAUCUCCCACCAGUCUACACAUACUUCUAUUUGUGCGUAAUUGUCUCAAGUGAUGGGUUCGUAAAAAUCAGCGUCUUGGUGCCUUCACCAAAACAGGACUUGAUCUUACAAUUCUUGAGCAGUAUGGGCGACGUUAAAGAAACACAAAUCGCACUACACAACGAUAUCAUGAGUACACUCGGAACAACUCCACUCUUCGUCGAGUACACGUACCUUAACCAAGGGUAUGGGUACGACGUCUACAAAGAGGGCGCAGACGUCCUCGUCCACUACAACCUCGGCACAGAAUCGCGUUAA